AUGCUUGGCACAGGGGACCCUAGUCUGCACUCAAGUUGUGUCCCCUCUAGGAAAAAAGGAAGACAAGGUCAGCAGAUCUUGAGCCAUGAGCAGACCAUUCCUCAGGUGGCGGAACUUUCCUGGAAGGAUGUUAUUAAUGCCUUGUCCCUGGCCAACAUGGUCCUGGGGCUCUUCUCCAUCUUCUGCAGCUUCAGCAGGAAAUCCCUCUGUGCUUCCUGGAUGCUUUUGAUCAGCUUCCUGUUAGACAUGGCAGUAGGGACGAUGAUCAGGCACCUCAACAUCUGCCACAAAUUAGGACUUGAACUGAACGACUUCGCAGUCUUCACCACCUUUGGCCUGGCCUCGGCUCUGCUCCUUGGUGUGGAUGGGCCUCUGAAUGGGUUCCUGGCUGUCAUCUAUGUGUUAACCACUUCCUUCCGCCUGUGUUUUUACUCAACUGAAGGAGGUCCCUCUGCAUACAAAGGUCUACCUUGUCCCUAUGCUUCCUGUGUUUUGGCCUCCACCUGCCUACUGACCAAGGGCAACACAUUUAUUCUCUGCUGCAUGGCUUCACUCAUGAUUCUGUUCAUGAUCGACCAGAGUUGCUACCCACAUGAUGAAAUCCUGGAGUCAGAGAACUGGAAAAAAGUGGUUUAUACAGGAGGUGUUGUCAUGCUGUUCUUCUCCCCGGUCUCACUCACCGCCUUCUACUGCCUGAUUUGGUCGCUCUCCUACAUCUUCUUCCCAGAUGCCCUGUGGGGCAGGGGGGUUUGUAUUAAGCUCUAG